AUGGGUAUGGGUGGUGGUCGUGUAGGUGUGGAUGGGUGUUGGUAUGUGAAUGGGUGUGCGUGGGUGUGUGGGUGUGGGUGGAUGUGCGGGUACGAUUAGAGAUAAGAUACACCCACACCCACCCAUGCACACCCCACACCCACACCCACCCACACCCACACCCACACCCACACCCACACCCACAGCCACACCCACCACCCACAGCCACACCCACACACCCCACACCCACACCCACACCCACACCCACACCCAAACCCACACCCACCCACCCACACCCACCCACAGCCACACCCACACCACACCCACACCCCACCCCCACCCACACCCACCCACACCUACACCCACACCCCACACCCACACCCACACCCACCCACACCUAGCCCUUGAGGACCUAUGGGUACCUCCAUAGGAUAGCCCUUGAGCACCUAUGGGUACCUCCAUAUAAUAGCCUUUCAGGGCCUAUGGGUACAUCUAUAGAAUAGCCCUUGAGGACCUAUGGGUACUUCCAUAUAAUAGCCAUUGAGAACCUAUGGGUACUUCUAUAGAAUAGCCCUUGAGGACUUAUGGGUACCUCCAUAGGAUAGCCCAUGAGGACAUAUGGAUACGUCCAUAGGAUAACCCAUGAAUAGGAUGUGGGGGUGGGUGUGGGUGUUACUGAAAAGUUGAAUCCAUUCAAUUGGAACUAGCGGCAUCCGAGUCCUAUCUUGUCGCAUCCUGUGAUCAGAUCCGACCUCCAUAGCUGAAAUGCAAACGGAGGGAUCUGGGCUUCGUAGCCAUACCGGAAACGACAGUUUAUGGCUCGUAUCCUGUCGUCGUCAUAUGUCGCUGGAACUAGGCGCGGCAACCAUACCGGAAACAGAGAUCCGUAUCCGGCCAUCACUUUCGGACUCCGGAACUGGCGGGAAUUAAGUAGGAAACGAAAGCCGGAACCGAUUUGGGAAUACUGCCACCCUGAAAUAGCCGGAAAUUCACCGGAUCAGGCAGUUUCCCGCCGUACAUCUUGGACCUGGGUGUAGAACUUUUCGCGCUGCAUCUUAUGGUAUACUUGAUUUUUUUAAUACAACCUAUUAAGUGAUAAUAAAAUGAAAUGCAAAAGUGCCCAAUUUUUUUUAUGCCACACCCAUUAUCAAGGGGGAAAAAGCGGAUCCUGGAUCUUCGGAUCCUGGUGAAUUCUGUGGAUUCUAGUGGAUCUUGUGGAUCCUGAUGGAUCCUACUGGAUCCUGGUGGAUCCUAGUGGAUCCUAUUGGAUCCCAAUGGAUCCUAGUGGAUCCUAGUGGAUCCUGACGGAACCUGAUGAAUUGUAGAAUAAAUUAUUUCAAGCGUACAGAAACGAGGACGGAAAAGUUGAUCUUAAUGGAUAUGAGAAUUCUUUAAGGUCCAAAUGAAUUAAGUGAGAAAAGGGAAUAGUGACUUCAGAAUUUGUAACUAACAAUGGAGGUGUUUCAAGUGAUAAGCGAAAAACCAGGAUUUAUUAGCAUCAAAUGAAAGCUCUCAGUACCAAACUAUCAGGGUUAAAAUAUUAGCGGCCCUUGGCUUGCCUAGGAGGCAUUGCACGUAAGCCACGACCAAUUCAAGCACACCCUUGCUCAAUCAAUCUCACCGAUUUGGCUGAUAUUUUUACCAUAGGUAGGUCUAAGAGU